AAUCAAAGCACGGAUCAACAGUCAUCAGUCAUCUCACAUAAAGUUGCAUGACUUCACGGAAACAAGAGAACAGCCUCCUGCCCUGUGGAGAGACAGAAACACUCAGACAUGAUUGUGUACAAACCCUCCCUAACCAGGAAGAUCAACACAAGGCUCCACUCUACAGUUGUUGUGGCCUGUUGUUUUGACUGCAGCCCUUUACCUCUCCGUUUCACAACUUAUAAUUAUCUCACUUGCCCAUCCAUAUUCAGGCUUGGUGCAUGCAAACACAGACGGGCACGGUCCCGUCUUUCCCAACAACAUGCUUGCUUCAUCCACAUGCUUUUCAACAAGGAGGUCGAGAGAAUCGGAGAGCCUGACUAGCCUUAAACAUGUAGGAGAUGCUUUUUUUUUUUUUCAAUCUAACAAAUGGUAAACUUGUAUUUUGAAUGACAGUAGAACCGGUUUUUAUUUGAAGCAACAGCAGGUUCCCAGUGUGAGUUUAGGGUGUAAAAAAAAACAAACUGAGGAAGCUGCUCAGUUCUGUGCAGCCAGCCAACUGACAGGAAGGAAGGAGCAACUACUACGCUGUGACUUGACGACAGCUUCUUGCCACUUUUAUCUUCAAUUCCUCUUCAAAAGCUGUAACACCUUUCGUUCUCGAGGUUCUAUGGAAAUUUACACUUCAUGCUGGCAAAAAGGGGGAACUUGAGCUUAGCAGCAACCCCCUCCCUCCCUCUCUUCAGCAAACAAUAUCCUCUUUUGGACCCAACCAGCCCCCGUUUUUUUAUGUUAUCUCUUUGGUUUUAGCGUGGCGCACACACGCACACACGCAGUGGAGAUGAUUGUCUGGGCAGAUGGUGCUCAGUGUGUGGACUAGAAGCUGAGACAAGGCAAGAGAGGGACAAACUCCUCAUCCAUCAUGGGAUGCUGCAGUGUGACCCAGAGGCAUACUGGAGUGGACGAGGUGGGCCCUGAUGAGAUUGAGCUCCUGGAACUCUCUGGAGACAAUUUAGGAGUGUGGAGUCUGGGGGAAACCAGGCUUCAGCUGUCAGUCAGGAACAGCAGAGAUGAGCAGCAGCCAACACCACCACCACCACCACCACCACCGGCCCGCUACCCUUCAAUACGACACCUGGAACAAGAGGUGGUGCUGUGGGGCAGGAGCAGAGACGAGUUGCACCACAGGAUUUACUCCCAGCAGCCAAUCAGGGACUGGGAGGGCCAGCCUCCCCACAUGUAUGGAGAGAUCAUCCACUCAUCCCUGGUGUCUCUCUGCAACAGCUACACACAGGAAACCAAUGAACACUUCCUGGUGUUGUUCUCUUUCCACCUACUGAUCCUCUCCCUGGACCACUUUCGACAAGACUUCAUUUAUGAGGGCAUCCUUCCCCUUUCUGGACUUUCCUUGCAAGCCGUCUCCCUGGAACCUGACACGUCCCAUUCACCACACAUGUUUGAGAUCAGCAAUCCAGUGAUGGACUCCAAGGUCUUCAUAUGUGCCAGUGCUGCAGAGUUACAGAAAUGGAUACAACACAUAGAAGACAGGAGAUACAAGUCAAUGGCACAACACAUGAGUCCCUCCCAUUGCGCUCUCUCCUAUCUAUUUCCCUGUGAGGAGCACUGGAAAAGAGAGGAACUGAAAAAGUACUUACUACAAGCUCCGAUAUGGCAGUGGGAGGGCUCACCGAUACAGCACAUGGGUCAGCCGGGAUGCAUAUCUAUGGUUCAUAUCAUCAACACACAGAGACAGGGACUCCAAGAAAGACUGAUGGUUCUCUUCCCUCAAGACAUCCUGCUACUGUCAGUUGACAACAAGCGUCUGAAUAUAAGAUAUGAGGGCAGGUUGCCCCGACAAAGCAUCAAAGCAGUGGAGAGGUCAGCCCUGCCCGGACGGCUGGAGUUUGAGCUGAUGGGUGAGCUGGUGGAGCCCCUGCUAGUCUCUUGUAGCUGUCAGGAGGAUUAUUGGAACUGGAUCUUUCAACUACAACAGCCAGACAGAAACAGCCACGUUACUGCGAGUCACGCUCCACCUCCAAUCAUGCCAAAGCUGCAGAGAAGCAGGAAGGAGUCCCAGGAGCCGAUGAUAACAGCCGACCAAUGUCACAUCAAUGGACACAGCUGACUCAACAGAAAAAGCUACAGAAAUUGCUGUAAUUAUAAAUCGAGAAUAACAUGUAGAUAGUAUGUACAUAUUACUUUUAUGUCCAGUUGUGUCACAAAAUGGAGAUACAGCAGUGAAGUGUUCUCACCCUAGUUUUGAUAUAUCUAGGUGAUUUUGCCACUCUGAGGGACUGAAAAGAUACUUUUAGUUCUCUUUGAUGUGGGGACAAACAGAAACAAGGUCAUGACCCAGUUUAAAGCUGGACCACAGCUGAAGAAAUGUUAGAUGUAGAUACGGUGGAGCUGUAAAUGUUACUAAGAAAUAGAAACUGGAGGAACUGAACAUAUUUAGCUUUGAUAUCUUCACCAUAAAGUACACAAUGUUUGACUUUUUCACAAUAAACUGUUUGAAAACUC